GUAAGGCCAAGCGCGAUGUCAGUUGCAAGGGAAUGGUGGUUGCCGCUACCUUAUACCAAAACGAAUAUAGUUUCAAGUUUUGUACCUCUCGUCUUGGUUGUACAUGAAUAGAACUGUGUGUAUAAGUAUAAGCUCCAAAAAAAUCAUUUGCGUCGAUCUUUUAGCUUGAAAGUGCGUUCUUUUGGUCCUUAAGUUUUUCUGAAUCGACGGAGAAUCUCUACAGCUCUUGGUGCAUAGUAUUUCGUUUAAAAUUUGGCACCAUUUUUGAGUUUGUCUUCCGUCAGAUAAAGAAAAUCACGGAAAAUGACAGUCAUAGAGGACACUGAGAAGUUGAUUUCUCGUUUCGGGUGGCCAGACUACUUGGUAUUCGUGGCUAUGCUGUCUGUUUCAGCCAUAAUCGGAAUAUAUUAUGCAUGUGCCGGUGGAAAGCAGAGCACCACAUCUGAAUUUCUGAUGGCUGGAAGGAGCAUGUCGACCUUCCCUGUCGCAAUGUCUUUGAUUGCAAGCUUUAUGUCAGCCAUCACGCUUUUGGGCACACCAGCUGAAGUGUACCAGUUUGGAACGAUGUACUGGUUAAUUGGCAUAUCGUACUUCAUCGUCAUGCCCGCAACGAAUUAUCUCUACCUCCCUAUAUUUUAUAACCUCCAAGUCACUUCUGCAUAUGAGUAUUUAGAAUUACGCUUCCAUAAAGUGAUCCGGUGCUUGGGUUCAGCAACAUUUACAGUUCAAAUGAGUCUUUACAUGGCUGUGGUUGUAUAUGCCCCUGCACUGGCUCUUAGUCAAGUAACUGGAAUCAAUGUGUACCUCUCAGUGACAGCCAUUUUCGUCGUAUGCAUCUUCUAUACCGUAGUCGGAGGAAUGAAAGCUGUGAUGUGGACUGACACGUUGCAAGUCAUUAUUAUGUAUGCUGCAAUGAUAGCGGUGAUUGUUAAGGGACAUGUUGACGUGGGUGGUUGGUCCGUGGUUUGGAAUGCCAAUCAGGCAACCGGAAGGGUCGAAUUUUCGGAUUUCGACGUUAACCCCGGCAAACGUCACUCGUUUUGGUCUUUGGUUGUUGGUGGAUAUUUCACGUGGAUUACGAUUUACGGAGUUAACCAAUCUCAAGUGCAACGCUAUUUGACAGUUUCGAAAAUCAACCAAGCUAGAAACGCUGUGUGGAUCAACCUUGUUGGAUUAUCCGUCCUCCUUUCAGUUUGCUGUUAUGGAGGCAUGGUCAUUUUUGCAAAAUAUGCCGAUUGCGAUCCUCUCUCUGCCAAGUAUGUCAGCAAGCCGGAUCAGCUGUUUCCCUUAUUCGUAAUGGACACGUUGGGUCACAUUCCCGGUGUUCCUGGACUGUUUGUGGCCGGAAUUUUCAGUGGAGCUUUAAGUACUGUUUCUAGCGGACUAAACUCUUUGGCAGCUAUUUGCUUGGAAGAUUUCGUUAAACCCUUUUGUUGUGUGGGCAUGAGCGAUGAACGCGCCACUAAAGUAUCGAAAGGCUUGGCAAUAGGAUUUGGAUUUCUUUGUUUCGGGCUUGUUUUUGUUGCAUCUCAACUUGGCAACAUCCUAGAAGCUGCUUUGAGUAUUUUUGGUAUCAUUGGUGGACCUCUUCUAGGAGUCUUUACUUUAGGCAUCUUCUUCCCUUGGGCGAACUCUGUUGGAGCCGGGGUAGGCGUAAUCGCCAGUCUGGGUUUGAUGCUGUGGAUUGGGAUUGGAACACAAGUCGCCAAAGCUCAUGGUUUCCUUAAACUAACAAGCAAGCUCUAUUCUACUGAUGGUUGUCGCGCACUAAACGCCACUCUAACCACCGCAUUAGUGGAAUUGAACGGCUUUGUUUCAUCGACAACUGCGUCAUCGGCGACGCAAACCAGCCCUGAAGAUGAACCACUUGGACUGUAUCAACUUUCAUAUAUGUGGUACUCAACUGUCGGUUGCUGUACAGUCAUCGUCGUUGGCUUGAUCGUGAGUGCCCUAACCGGAUUUCAGGAUCCUAGGAAACUUAAUCCGGGGCUCAUUUGCAACACUGGAAACACGGUUUAUUGGUUCUUACCAAAGAAUAUUAGAGAAUACUUACGAUUUGAAGUCGGAGAUGAUUACGAAUUAAGCGGAGCUCCGUACGAAAAAUGUAAGCAACCGGUAUAUAAUUUACAAGUAGGUGAAAACCACCCAAUGUUCGCGUCGAGUGAUACACAUUUAGCAAGCCAACUUACUGAUGAGAAGAUUGAAGCAACGAAACUUUGAUAUACUCUUUCGCUAACUUUUGACCCAACACGUAUUGCGGACACCAGAUAUUAAAACUGGGAGAACGGUUAGUCCGUUAAAGGAAUAAUUCCAUUAUUUACUUGUUUUGGAUUGUACAAACACGCAAAUAGUGCUGUGUAAUCAAAUAAAAAUUUAACAAAACAAAAA